ACAUGGUGUUACAGUCUGUUACAGACCCACAACCGUUAUGAAAACGAUGUGUCCAGCAAACUCAUCGUAGAAGUAUUUAUUGUCCACUAGAAAGACACAAAUGAAACAAUAGAAGAAUGGAUUUUGAGAAAAGGGAGAAAGAAUUUCAGGAACGUUAUCAGAAAAUUUGUAGAAAGACCAGAUUGUCGUCUAAGCAUGAGGCUGAAGAAGAAGAAAAAGCAGAAAGACCUGAGGCAUGUUCAGGAGAGAAAGAGAAAUUGGAGAAGGACGUAAAGACAGCUAGAUGUGAUCUGGCUGUAAUAAGAAGAAGCUUGGCUGGUGCCAGGAGUACCCGUACAUCAGAAUCAGAUGAUCUUUCUAAUGAAGCACAGAAAGAAUGCUCCUCCAUUUUUGAGUUUAAAUUUCAUAAGCAUCGCUCAGCUCAGUUUGAAAAGUUUUACAAAGAAAAGAACGAGCUGGAGGCACAAUUGGAUAACAGAAAGAGGGAAUUACAAGAGAAACAGAAGAAGAUAUUUGAGCUUCAGGAAAAAGUUGGUCAGUUGGAACAGUUUGAAGCUAAGUUUGAAGAGAAAACAAAAAGAUUGGAAGCAUUCAACAAAGAAAGGGAUAUAUUGGAAAGGGAGUUGGUUGCGACCAGAUCAGAACUGACUGGAGUAAAGAGAACAUUAGAGUUAGAACGUCAGGAAAGAAGGGACUUAGAAACUAGGGCUCUUAGUUUAAUAAAAGAUGCAAAGCGUAAAUGGGAAAAUGCGGAAAAAGAUAAAAUUGCACAACUCAACAAGCACAUUGGAACUCAGACAAUAAGGAUUACUGAAUUAUGUACAAGCAACAAUGAGAUGAGCUCAAGAUUACAAAGAGCAGAAUGUGAACUUGAAACUACAAAUGCAGAGUUGCAUAAACUUAGGGUAUUUCAGAUGCAGUACAAAGAAUCUUUAGCUAAAACUAGAGAGCUUAGCAGACAAAGCGUUCAGGGUGUUGAAACUAAACUUGAAGAGAUAGCUACCCGAUCGCACAAUCAGCUAGCUGAAUUAAGAGUAAAGUUAGACUUGGAGAUAGCAAAGAAUACAGAUUUGGAGACUAAACUAAGAAAUGAACAAGAUUCCAAUCAUUGUCGCCAGUCAAGAUUAAACGUUGCUUUCGAAUUGGCACAGAAUGAACUGAAAGACUGUCAGGAACAGUUGCGCAGUAUACAAGCUACAAUACCAGCUAGAGAUGCUGAAAUAGAAGCUUUAAAAAAGCAAUUACAAGAGAGAUCAAAGCAGUUGGACAACGUUAUGAUAUCGGAACAGACGGUGACCACAAUGCAAGACCAACUGGAAAGGUUCAAACUUGAGAAUGAACAGCUGAAGCAGCAAUUAGAAGUAGUGAAAUCUGAUUUGAGCGAAACUAUGAUGAAUUUGGAGCAAAGCGAAGCUCUUGCUAUGAACUUGGAGCAAGCUGCACAAGACAAAGUUGCAUUACAAAGAAGGUUACAGGAUUCUUUGGAGAAAGAAGAGGAACAACUACGCAAAGUUUGCAAUUUGGAAGAAUUACUUAGACGUCUAGAACACAGUGUCACCAAACUAGAAACAGAGAAUGCCACUCUUAAAAUGGAAACCGAACAGACCAGCACCAGUACUGUUUCCAAAAGAGAUACAGUAAAAACAGGGACUCAUCUAGAAAAGCAAGUACAAAAACUGGAACACGAACUGCAAACAUUGAGAGAAGCUUUGAACACAGAACGGCAGACGGCAAAACAAGCGCAGAUCAAUUUAUGGAAAAAGGAGAAAGAAUUAUCGGACGCUAAUUUGGAUAAGAGAAUUGCUGUGAGGGAAAGUAAGAGGACGGAGGAUAGGGUGAAAACGUUGCAAGAGGAGAAACAUAAGUUAUCGGAAAAGUUAGAUUACAAAAUAAAAGAGGAAGAGGAAAGGUCUAGGAAGCUCCUUAAAGAAUUGGAUAGUGCGAAAGCCUCAGUAAAUGAUAUAACAAAAGAAUCUUCUAGAAAUAAAAUGCAGGCUGACUCUGCCCAAAGAGCCUUGACUCAGGCUAACCAUCAGAUAGAAGAACUUCAGUCGUCGGGUUCAUCGGUGCGCAGGGAAUUAGACGCAGCGCGCAAGCAAGUUCGGGUAAAUCAAGACAGAGUGGACAAUCUGAAUGCAGAAAACAAACGUUUGUCCCAGAGGAUUGCCAAGUACGCUGAAGAGAAGAGUGAAUUGGAAUCGAAAAUAGAGAAACUGGAGCAAGAGAUCAGAGGCUACGAACUGAACAUAGAACUCCUUAAAGAAACGUGUACAGUACUGGAGGAACAACUAACGGAUUAUGAAAGACUGACAAGCGAUCACGAGACGCGAGAGAAUAUAUUGAUACAGGAUAAGAUGAAGCUGCAAAAGGACUUGGAAACGACAGAGGCUAAACUUCGCGAAGCACGCACCGCUCAGAACGAAGAGAGAACAUUGCGAUUAGCCGCUGAACGUAACCUAGAGAGACUCGAAUCAGAAACUAGCGACAUGUUGAGUGAAAGGAAUGGUUUGAUUGUGCAGAGGGAUCAGUACAAAAAGCUUGUACAAGAAUUGAGUAGUCAAGUAGAAGAAUUGACAACUAAAUGCGGGGAUUUGGAAUGCGACCUGUCAGAAAUGAAGCGCACCUUGGAAGUAGCUAAAGCCGAAGCAAGGCUAGUCAAGGAAGAAAGCAGUCAGCAUUUAACGCGGUUCCACGAAUUGAAAGAGGCAAACUUCGCACUUAUGAAUGAUUUACAGAACAGCGUAGACCAGGGUCAAGAGUUAAAGAUGAGGAUCAUGGAACUGGAAAGUAUAUUGGAGGAAAUGAGGCAGUUUUAUCAGGAAAGGGAAGUCAAAGCGGAAAGCACUAGGCAACAGCAAACAAAAUUGAUAGAUUACCUUCAGUUCAAACUGGAGGAAUGUAGUAAGAAAAAGAAAACUGUAUGCGAUAAGAUUCUUGGUACUAAGCAGAAAGAGAAUAUUCCUCCGAGUGGGACUGGAAUGCCAGUCGGUUACCGCGAAUUAGAGAACCAGUUGGCCAAAGAGCGUGCAAAGGUUAAAGCGUUGACCGAUCAAAUUUUAGCACUCAAAGUGAUGCACGCAUCCACCUCUGCUCCGACAUCUCCCACAACACCGGAUACGAAAAGUUCCAGUUUCGCACCGGAGCGAUCGAUCAACUCGUUAUCUAAGCGUUUGUCACCUCAAAGAAUAGGACACAAUAUUCCUCAUAGAUUUGAAGUUGGUCUGCCGAUGCGAGCAGGAAAAUGCUCCGCGUGUCUGGAUUCUAUUCAGUUUGGUAAACGAGCGGCUAUUUGCAGCGAGUGCCAGGUAAUGACGCACCUGAAAUGUGCUGUUACCAUUCCCGCAACAUGCGGUCUACCUGGAGGUUUCGCUAAACAAUUCGGCAAAAGUUGGAAGAACAGUGUCGAGAGUCUGUCCUCGUUGUCCGGAAGCGUGCAAACUUUGGCCAUCGAUCAACCGGAUAAACCUGAUAUAGAUGUGUGUGACGCUCAAAACAAGAAGGACAGUGUCACAAUGGAAAGCUGGGUGAAAGUUCCAGAGCGCUCAAAAGCCUGCUGGGAAAGAAAGUACCUCAGAUUAGAAGGAACCUGUUUAUGUACUUAUGAGCACCAGCCAUCUGCUGGAAUGGCUCCUGUGAACCGUCUGGAUCUCACUGAAAAAGAUGGUUUCACCGUAUCGGAUAAUGUACAACAAUCGGAUGUAAUGGGAACAGCAAAGUCGGAUUUACCAUUUAUAUUUAGAGUAGAAUCGAGUUCAUCGACCACCUGUUGGCCCACGUCACGUUUAGAUGUAAUGACUCUGAGUCAGACCGACAAGAAGAAUUGGUUGAAAGCGUUGAAGUUUGUUACUAGUCAAAAUCAUUCGGGUAAUGUUCAUAAGAACGAGAGAUAUCAAACUGUAUUAAGAUUGGAGAAAAAUCAAUUGGAUUUGAACUGUGCGGUAAAUUUAACCGAAGAGAAUGUGCUUCUGUUGGGCUCUGAAGAAGGUUUGUUCGCCUAUUGCGGUGUCAAGUCACGAACCCUCACUGCCAUCAGAGGGGUGAAAAGGGUGCAUCAGUUAACGUUGCAUCCCCACUUGGGGAUUGCCUUAAUGAUCGCUGGUGAAAAUAGGCAAUUGGUAUCUUGUAGUCUACGACAAUUGAAGAGCAAUGCAGUGGCUGCCGAGUGCUCUAGGCCUGCGAUAAAUACCAAUCCAGUUUUGACUGGCACUGAUAGUUGUCAUUUGUAUCAAUUACAGGGGGAUAUGCUCUGCGCAGCGACAGCAUCUCAUGUCAUACUAUUGAAAUGGUACACCGAAGAAGACACUGGAGAAUUCGUUGGUGUCCGCGAACUCGAAACUCAUGAGCCGUGCAGUUGUGCCAUAUUCACGCAAAACGUUCUCAUUGUGGGAUGUAAUAAAUUCUUCCAAAUAGACCUGAAAAAUUAUUGUGUCGACGAAUUCCCAGAAGAGGACGAUAGCUCGGUGAAAGCAGCAUUAUGUGGAGUAGCUAAGCUGGGUAUUUUCCCAGUCUGCGUUCUAAACGUCUCUCUUGUACCUGGAAAAGUAGAGCUUUUGCUUUGCUAUAAUGAAUUCGGAAUGUUUGUGAAUGAAAACGGCCAGAGAACUCGAAGCGUCGAUCCUACGUGGAACCAUUUGCCUUUUGCCUUUGCCUUCCGUAAACCCUACCUGUUUAUCAUCCAUUUCUCGUCUGUGGAAAUCCUGAAGCUUAAACACGAUUCGUACACCUCGCCUGUAAAGAGCCCAGACCGAACAUUAAUCGAAUUAUCUAGCCCUCGCUAUUUGGGAGUGGCUGGAUCGAAGGAAAUUUAUUUGGCGACCGUAAAUUCCUUUCUGGAAUUGCUGAAGAUGGAUGGUCCUUCUAAUCUAUCGGAACUGAACGGCAGUUUCACGAGUCUGGAUACCUUAGACAUGGAUGAUGAAGUUAGUAGUUCAGAUUUUAGUUUCACAUCGAGCUUAAUGGAAGCUUUAGAUGGUCAUGGAAAAAAAGUACAAUUCGCUGGCGUCUCGAAAUAUUAAAAUAAUUUUCUAUCGAACGUGAGCGUUUCUCAAUAAUGUUUCCUACCGUUGUAGGAGUCGCAAAAAGAAUUGAGAUCAAGACUGCAAUUAUUUAAUAACCGUCAAGAACAGUAGCGAGUCAUAAGAAACAUUUGACGGGCGAAAUUUAUAGAUUUAAUUUAAUUUACACGUGUUUGCUGAUGCUGUUGUUAACGCAUAAUCGACGAGUGAAUAUCGAAAUGAUUUUGGUGGUA